AUGCCAGCCACGCUCGAAGUAGGCGGCCAUAACUGCCAUCAACGCCCCUACCCAGUCUUUUGCAUCUCAGUGCUACUCCGCCAGAUUAACCUGACAGUGGCCUCCACUCUUGCCCAGAGUACGGUUCAAAAACAUUGCUCUCUAACAGUGGCAUCUGCCCACCCGUACGCGGGCCCGAUGUCUCUGAAAAACUUCAAACAGGUCACUCCCAUCAAGAAGGCGUUCUUAGCCAGCUCCUUAGUGACUCCUCAGUCCAAGGUUGCUAGUCCCAGGACUAAGGCUGCCAUGACGACAAGUGAGCAGGUUGCCGUUAUAUCUGUCCAAACGACAAUCCAGCACAACUCAAAUACAGAGCUCGCCAUCGCUCAUGGCAAGGCCCUCAAGCAGGAAAUGGAUAAGUACGCGGCAAAGUUUUCUGCAGUCACAUGUGGUUGUCACGAGUCGAUCAAUAUCAAUCUUCGUCAUCAUGCAUCUCUCGCAUUAUGA